CUCCUGGGGUUAUUCUUCCUCAGGCCACUGCUGCUCGAGCUACGUACCAAGCGAGCCAGUUUUUUCUGUCCACCGCACCGCACGCCACACACUCGUUAAGCCCGUGCCAACACGAGAAGUCGCCACUAAUAAAUUACUGUUUUUUACUGCAAACGCAACAGUCACCGCCGCGCAGCCGAGUAAUUUAUACGUAAAAAUAAACAUUAAUCAACAAUAUCGCAGUUACUAUCGCCCGAAUACAGCGCUCAAGCCCCGCCCGUCGUAAGCAUCACAUCUUAGUCCAGACAAAAUGUUCGCCGUGAUGCAAAUUGACGAGGACCACACACGGGAUUUCAGACGCAAACUGCGCCCAAAAUGCGAGUUCGUCUGCAAGUACUGCCAGCGUCGGUUCACCAAGUCUUACAACCUGAUGAUACACGAACGGACCCAUAAGAGUCCGGAGCUCUCCUUCAGCUGCGAAGUUUGCGGGAAGAGUUUCAAGCGGCAGGACAAUCUGCGCCAGCACAGAUGUAGUCAAUGCUUGUGGCGGUGAAGGUGAUGGAAGCACGAUCCUACUACAGCGGUCUCUCUUACACAAAUAGAAGAAAUCCAUUACAACCCUAACAAGGAGACCAUGUACUUACGAUGGUGAUAAAAUACGUCACGAAAACUAAUGACGUCAUCAACGCCCGUGACACCCGAGGGUUUCUACUUUACAUAACAGUAUUCGUGCUUCGUCAGUAACACCGCCAGAAUGGGAUAUUGCAAUGUUUCGGAUAUUAUUUUUUUUUUGUAAAUUUUCGGCCUCCAUGUAACCUUCGCACUUAAAUUUUUUUUGACUACAUUUUUGUGAUAUUCAGACCAGUGGGGUUGCUCUUUUUUAAGUUUUACUCUCUUUUAUAUUUUUUGCAUUUAGAUUAAAAAUUAUUUUGUGAUACAAUUAUGAUUGAUUCGAUAUCUAAUAAGCAUUUUCUUUUUUGAUUUGGCGUUGAUAAUUAAAAAAAUGUGAUGUUAAAAAACAAACGAGAGUAACCCUACUGGAAAUGCCUUUUUCAAAAUUCUAAAUUAAUCAAACAAAAACAUUCUGGUGAUUUUGUAAAUAGUAUUUAAUAGGAUAAGAGAUGGUAGCAUUUACAGCUUAACUGCUUAGAAAUAUUUUAAUGUAAAAUAAUAUUUAUAUUAUAUUUAAAAAAUAUUGUUAUUAAACUUCUAAUACGUAGAACGUAUGAUCAUGUAUUAUUUUAAAGUUAAUGAAAAUUAUUGAAAAAAAAAAAGAUUGACAAUAACUUUAAAACAAUAUUUCAGUUCUAAAAAAAUCAUGACCUCUCAAUAUUUUUUUUGCAAACGGUUGAUUUAUUUGACAAGACGGUUCACCCCGUAUAUGUUUUAUUUAUUUUUAAUUAAACUUAGUUUAAGUAUAACAUUCCAUUAUAUUGCUUAAAAUAAUGUAUAUUAUGAGGGUUGUUCCUAAUACCUAGAAAACGUAUGGGUAGUAAAGAAAUUGUGUUUUGAAACGAAAAAGAAAAUUGAAUUCAUGGUUUAUUUUUGGAUAUUUUCCCAAUGAUCAUAAUAAAUAACAAUAGAUUUUGGUCCCAGUGGCAUUAUUAAACUUUACUGUAAUAAAUAACAUUAAUAAAUAAUUAACAGUCCCAUAUAAUUUUUUUUCACAAGUAAACCAUGGAUAAAAUAAUGGAAAUGAUGAUUCGGAAUAUAUUUUAAAUAAUCAUUAUUAACGCUUUUUAUAUCCACGCAAAUCGGAAUCGUUAACUGAGACAGCGAUUACGUUUAGUUUUAGUUAUUAAGUUUAUUUAAUUUUGAUUUAGCGAUCUCAAUUUUUGAAUACAAUUAAAAUCCGUAUUGAAUUAUUAAAUUCCAUUGGGAACUAUUUCAACUGUAAUUGCAGCUAAUAAUUUAAGAAAAAACUGUUUUUUAUUGAGAUAAUUAAAUCAAUUACAUUCUAAUCCCGGUUUUCAUAAAACUUUACAAUAUUUCGACGAUCGCGCGAAGUAAAUGUAAGGUUUACAAAUUGUUUCGUUUUCAAUUAUGUUGAUUUAUUAUGCGCUGUCUUUAUACACGAUAUAUAAAUAUAUUAUAUAUUAAUUGUCAUACAAGACACCUACUAAAAUUGCUUAAUUAAUUAUUAUGCUUUAAUAAAAUUAAAAAUGUAUCUAGAUUUGGUAAAUAAUAUUCCAUGUGCCAAUAAAUAGGUGGAGUUAAAGCUCCAUCAUUAGCCAUAUUUUUGAUAUAGGUUUAGAUGUAAAAAACAUAAUAUUUUUGAAUUUAUUUCCAUGUAUGUAUGUAUCCCAUUACAUUGUGUAGAUCAAUGAUAAUAAAUGAUUGAUUAAUUAGAA